AUGUCAUUUGGGUUUGGUAGCGGCACUGGCUUCGGCCAGAAUAAUCAGACUCAAUCCUCCGCUUUUGGUGGAUUCGGGACAAAUAAUACAAGCACAAACUCAGGCUUCGGCGCCUCUUCCGCGACCCCUGGCUUUGGUGCGGGAGCCAAUACAGGGACCACCGGCACCGGCAUGUUUGGGGGCGGCGGCACCGGCGGCGCGUUUGGCGCGAGCACCACUGGCGGCUUCGGUAGCGGCGGCUUCGGGAGCAAACCAGCUUUUGGCACACCGGCCACAACUAGCGCGGGAGGGGGGUUGUUCGGCAGUGGCGCUACCACAACAACAGCAGGCGGGACGGGGUUCGGUACCGGCUUUGGGGGCGCAAAUACUACCACCACCACACCCUUUGGCGGCGGCAGCACCACGUCCCUCUUUGGUGCUAAGCCUGCGACGACUGGCUUUGGCGCGGGAACAUCGACUUUCGGCACCGGUGGCACCACCGGUGGCGGCGGCCUUUUUGGCAACACGGGAGCCGGCACCACAGGCUUCGGCGCCACAACCAACCCCGGCAUCGGGACCAACAUUGGCGACCCUCCUGGCACGGCCAUUGUUGGCUUUUCUCCCACAGUAGAGAAAGAACAAAACAACUCUAGUCAAAGCAACUCCUUCCAAAACCUCCUCUUUAUGGAUGCGUAUAAGAAGUGGUCUGCUGACGAACUAAGGUUGACUGACUACAACCAAGGUAGAAAAACAGGUGGUGCCGGCGGUACUGGGGCAUUUGGCGGUUCUAACUUUGGUGGCGGCACGACGGGUUUCGGUAGCAACACAGGCAGCACUGGGUUCGGAACCAACACUGGAACAGGCAUGUUCGGAAGCACUCAACCAGCAGCCACCGGCUUCGGUGCGACCAACAACACGACGACCGGCGGGUUCGGCACCGGCGGCGGUGGUCUUUUCGGCAGCAAACCGGCAACCGGAGGCAUGUUCGGAAACACCACCACCACCCAACCCGCACAGACUGGUGGGAUCUUUGGCGGAGGCGGCACUGGCGCGUUUGGGAGUGGAGGCACCACGACAAACACGGGCUUCGGAGCGAAUACGGGCAGUACGGGGGGGGGUUUGUUUGGAAACACCAACACAGCGGCAGCCAAGCCUACGGGGUUCAGCUUCGGCACUGGCGCCGGCACUGGCGGCAGUGGAUUCGGCGGAGCAACCGCGACACCAGGCUUUGGGCAAACCGCCACUACCACCAACACCGGUGGCGGCGGCUUGUUUGGAAAUACAGCCCAAACCAACACCACUGGCGGCGGCCUUUUUGGUCAGCAACAGCAACAGCAGCAACCUGCCGGCACAGGCUUCGGUAGCGGCACCGGGUUUGGAGCGCAGACUCAGAACACCGGAGGUGGCCUGUUUGGUAACCAGCAACAGCAGCAACCGAAGCCGGGUGGUCUCUUUGGCGGCUCGACAACAACCACUGGGACGACGGGCGGGCUCUUCGGCGGUACGAACACCGGGGCGACGUCUGGAUUUGGCGGAGCCACGACGGCCCAGCCUGCAGCUGGUGGUGGCCUAUUUGGCAACAAGCCCGCAGGCACCGGUGGAGGCCUGUUUGGCAGUAGCACGACCGGCCAAACAGGUACUACCGGCGGCGGUCUCUUCGGCAAUCUUGGAGGCAAUACACAAACCCAACAACCUGCACAAGGCGGCCUGUUCGGCGGGUUAGGCCAGAGUACACAGGCCAAGCCCUCCCUCUUCGGCAACUCAGCGCCGGCAGGAGGCGGUCUUUUCGGCAAUCAACCCGCCCAGCAGCAGCAAGGCGGCAUGUUCGGCGCCAGUACCAACCAGCAGCAGCCGCAGCAGGGAAUGCUAGGCAGCUCGCUCCUCGGCGCUUCCCAGGGUCAGCAAGCGCCUCAGCAGGCUUUCAACGCGAGUAUUCACGACAUCUCUGCUUACGGAGCUGCGACGCUCUUCUCUGGGCUGCCGGAUGACAAAAUCCAAAACCCCGGCCCCCUUGCCACUCCCCUCUCUGGCACAUCCAAGGUCAAGAGCAGGUCGAUUUUGCCUAUGUACAAGCUCAGCCCGGCAAACGCCUCGCGCCUUGUCACCCCGCAGAAGAGGGGCUAUGGGUUUUCAUACAGCGCCUAUGGCUCUCCCGCCAGCCCGUCGAGCGUUUCCAGCACCCCUGGUGGCUUCUCACAAAGCCUUCUUGCCGGUAAUAUCAACCGCAACCUGAGCAAGAGCAUCUCGGCUAGUAACCUGCGGCGAAGCUUUAACGUGGAGGACAGCAUUCUCCAGCCCGGUGCUUUCUCUGCCAACUCUAGCAUGCGUCUGCUCGGCGGCGCCGGCAACCACAAGAAGUUGAUUAUCAACAAGGAGAUGCGGAGCGAUUUGUUCACCUCGCCUAACAAGGAAAAGCAGGUCCCGGAAGACGCCAACGGGUCACGGAAGCUAGCAAAGCGCGUCAGCUUCGACACGAGCACAGUUGAGACCACCCCGGAGACCCGCCCGGCGGCCGCUCUAGAGAACGGCCCCAGCACUGAUGACCAGAGCCAAGCCAAGCCGAGCACCAGCGCUCGUCCUAGCACCAACGGCGUGAAUGGCGCCAAGUCGUCUCCCACAACUGCCGCCCCAGAGAUGGAGCAGGUCAAGGGCAACGAACUCGCCAUUGUCCCUGAGGAAGAGUCACCUGCGGCCGUGCGGACCGAAAAGAAGCUCGGUUCCACGAUCGAACCGGGCAGCUAUUGGAUGUCGCCAACCGUUGAGGAAAUUCGUGCAAUGAACAGGGUGCAGCGCCAGCGGGUCCCCGACUUUACGGUCGGCCGCGAGAACGUCGGCAGCGUCAGCUUCAAAACCCCCGUUGACCUAAGCAACAUCAACCUCGAUGAGCUAUUCGACGGCAUUGUCGUCUUGGUCCCCCGCUCUGCCACCGUUUACCCUGUCGCGGCAAAGAAGCCUCCAGUCGGCAAGGGGCUGAACGUGCCUGCGGUCAUUUCUCUCGAGCACUCGUAUCCUCGUGGUGGUCUCGCGACCACCGGCCGUCGCCUCGAGCGUCACAUCGAGAGACUCAAGACCGCCAUUCCCGACACGACCUUUGAGAGCUACGAUAAGGAAACCGGUGUUUGGACGUUCUCGGUGGAGCAUUUCACAACCUACGGUUUAGGUGACGAUGAUGACGAAGACGACGAAACCGAGAUCGAGACUGUUCAGGCGCGCCGCGCAAUCUCGAGCCCAUCAAUUGUUAAGGACUCGACCUCCCCUUCUGAUCCCGACGACACUUUCGAGUUCAGGCGCAGCCGGCGCGUUCUGCCUGGUGCCUUCGAUGAUGCCGCAUUGUCGGACAAUGAGGAGGCUGCUGAUGCCGCUCAACGUCAGGUGGCGGGUGGGGAUGAUUGGACGCAGAUUUUGCAGGCGAGCGUGCGGGCGCCGAGGACGGUGGAUCGGGCGACGUUGCGCGCUCUUAAUGAGUCGGGGGCGGCUUGGGAUAUUGAGGAUCGGGGCAGCCCUGCCCCUCAGAGGAAUGCGCCUGCGCCCGAUGGAACAGGCUUUGCGACCAGUAUCGAUUUGAUGAAGUCGCUUUUUGAGCAGGCAAAGGGCCCGGCGCAGCCGGUGCAGGCGUCGCCAACGAAGGGUUUCGUGAAGUGGCCUUACCAACAACGUCCCAAGGUCGACCCAGAGGAGGCCCCGUCGGUCCCUCGAACUAACUGGGGCCCCAACGAACUGUUGGUCACUACUCAUCAUGGAGAGCCUAACCUCCAGCCGGUUGACGGGAAUCUGCCUGUCACCGACUCUUCGGCAGGAUCGCCUGAGAUGCUCGCUCGACUCCAACAUUAUAUCGACAGCAUCCCCGGCGAGGAGGGGCAGCCAAUCGCUGGCCCCGAGUUCCGGGACCUUGCCCAGGGCGACUUUGCCUGGGAACUGGCUUCUCUUCUUUUUGACGACAAUGGACACAACCUGCCUGUCUUAUGGAGACAGUUGGUGUCUGACGCCACCGACCGCGCACUUGCCCAAGAAUCCAGCCCUGAGGAAAAGGCCAUCAUCUGCCUUGCCGGCAACCGUGUGGCCGAUGCUUGCGGCCACCUCCUUGCCGCAGGAAACUUCCGGUUGGCCACUCUCGUUUCCAGCAUUGGCAUGCAGAACAAGGACAUGAAGGCUCAGCUCAAGGAUUGGCGGGAGUCUAAUGUCCUAGCCGAGUUCUCGAAGCCUAUCCGGGCCAUCUACGAGCUCUUGGCCGGCAACGCCUGUGUUUGCUCAGGCGUCAAGAAUGCCCCUAUUGAGAGCCGCGUUGACUCGUUUACCAUUUCUCAGCGUUUCGGUCUGGAUUGGAAGCGGUCGUUUGGUCUGCGUCUCUUCUACACCACUGGGACCGCCCCCAACGUUGCCAUGGCGGUUCGUUCCUUCCAGGCCGACAUCGAACAGGACAAGGAGCCGGAGCCGGACAGCGCACUGUGGUCACUUCUCAAGGCGUUUGCCAACCAGGACUUCGACUGGUCGGAUACCCGCCUUGGCUGGCUCAUGACCAAGGCGAUCUACGCCACCGGUAAGGUCUCCUUCGGGCAAGACGCGGCCGAGAAGCUCGACAUGGCAUCGCUAUCUUUUGCCUCGAGCCUGACGGUGCAGUCCCACUGGGUGCAGGCCACAUUCGUCCUGCUCCAGCUAUCCGACGCUGCCUCCCGCGAAGCUGCCGUGCGCGACCACCUCGGCCGCCACGCCCACCGCAUCGGCUCCCCACGCAACCCAACCAGCGCCUUUUCCGCCCUGCGCAAGUUCGGCGUGCCCGAGGCGUGGAUUUGGGAGGCCAAGGCCCUCGACUUCCGGACCCGCGGCGACUCGCAGCAAGAGUUCAUCGCCCUCGUCUGGGCGCAGAACUACGCCGAGGCCAACCAGGCUUUUGUCCACCGCGUCGGGCCGGAUCUGGUCAUCGAGCGCGACUUCAACCGCCUGUUCCGCUUCGCGCAGCUGCUGUUCAAGGUCAAGGGCAAGUUGCAGGACUGGGACCACGCGGCUGCCGUGUAUCUGCUCUAUCCGAUGGCGCGGCAGCAGAACAGGCAGCAGAAGCUCGAUAAGUUCGAUCAUCAACUGUUUGACGGGCUGGUGGCGCUGCGCGGGCAGACGCAUGGGGAUAUCCGCCAGGAGGCGGCGAUUGGGGAUAUGGCGGAGGAAUUGAUCCGGUGUAGGGGCGGCGAUCCGAGGCUGUUUGGCUUGUUGCCGGGGGAUAUCAGGGGGAAGUACAUGCGGACGCAGGCGCUGGAGAAUAUCUGCUAA